CACACGACCUAUCGUGCGUAGCUUUGUGAAAGCAUCGGAGUGAUCAACCGACUGCUGCCUCAGACUCAAUACCUGGGGCCGGGCUGCGGAGCGCUUUCACGCAACCAAACUCAACCACGGGGCAUCAGUUACCAGCCGCUCGCACGCAGCCGCUGUAGCUAGCUCAAUUAAGGCCCGCUCGGCUUAGUCCACCGAGCGCCCAGCCAGCUGGGAAAGACCGCCCUCGCCCCCGGAGUCGCCAUCGACAGCUGACGAGCAGUCGACCGUCCGCCCUCUGGCCCUAGCGAGUGGCCGUCGCCAAAGCGCCUUCAGCAACACCGCAACCUCGCGAUUCGCCUCGCAGCGGUCGUGGGGGAGCGGACUGGCGAUUUCGCAUCCUCGACACUCGCUAAGUGAUUCACAGCUGAGUUACUUGCGAGCUUGGGUGCACUUCUGGUGAACUGGGAGCCCAUUUGUGUGUCAGCAACAGCGGCUAAUCCUGCUUGCUUGUUCUGCACAACGACUGGGACCCGACUGGCCAGUCGGUUGGGCUGCCCUGGGAAGGCCGAACGCGCUUCGUGCUUGCACACCGCGCUCCGCACUUACCCGCACCGAGGCUGACUCCGGGCCCACGCCCCUGUCCCCUCCUGCACCCUUCCGCUGCAGUGCUCGCCGACCCGGCGCAGCCCGCCAGCCAGCUCUGAGCUAACCAGCCGAGCGCCACCAUCACGGGGUCAGGCAUGACCUCGCCACCCCAGUCGGACCAGGGCCGAGGCCUGCGCCGCAGCCUUCGCGUGCAGGGGCGCGCCACCGCCCCUGCGGCGGCGGGCCCGUCUGCCGCUGAGCGCGUCCAGGCUCACGGCCCCGCGCGGCGGGUGGCCGCCGAGGCACCAGAAGCCGCCGCAGCGCACGCCGCCGCUGCUGCCGCUCCCGCCCCCGCCGCCAUCCUUGCGCCCCUCGCCGCUGCCGGAGCCGCCUACGGCGUCGCUGCUGCUGCUGCACCCGUCGCCGCCGCCGCACCCGCCUUCGCCGCCCCCGUGCAGCCGCCCGCCGCUGCCGGAGCCGCCUACGGCGUCGCUGCUGCUGCUGCACCCGUCGCCGCCGCCGCACCCGCCUUCGCCGCCCCCGUGCAGCCGCCCGCCGCCGCUGGAGCCGCCUACGGCGCCGCUGCUGCUGCUGCACCCGUCGCCGCCGCCGCACCCGCCUUCGCCGCCCCCGCGCAGCCGCACGCCGCCGCUGGAGCCGCCUACGGCGCCGCUGCUGCUACCGCGCCCGGCGCCGCCGCCGCACCCGCCUUCGCCGCCCCCGCGCAGCCGCCCGCCACCGCUGGAGCCGCCUACGGCGCCGCUGCUGCCACCGCGCCCGGCGCCGCCGCCGCACCCGCCUUCGCCGCCCCCGCGCAGCCGCCCGCCGCCGCUGGAGCCGCCUACGGCGCCGCUGCUGCUGCCGCACCCGUCGCCGCCGCCGCACCCGCCUUCGCCGCCCCCGCGCAGCCGCCCGCCGCCGCUGGAGCCGCCUACGGCGCCGCUGCUGCUGCCGCCGCCGGCCCCUCGGCCACCGCCGCCGGCCUACCUCCCCGCCACCCUGGCCGCGCGCAGUCCGUCAGCAACUUCGACCAAGCGUUGCGCAGGGCUUUCGGCGCGCCGGCUGCCCCCCGCAGCGUGCGUGCCACGCCCGCGGCGGGGGUGGGGCUGCAAGGGGCCUUCCUGGCCCUGGGCGUCCCGGAUGUCCUCCGCCGCCGUGGGCGCACCUGGGCCUCCGAUGCCACGGGGUCCAGCGCCAGCUCCUACCGGCCCUCUGACAGCGCGUCGGAGACCUCCUCGACCGCGGACACCGCCUCCGGCCGCCGGCGGGCCGCUGCGCGCGAGCUCACCGAGCUGUCCCCGGCUGGCGCCAACAACGGCCGGCGCGUGUGCAACAACCCCGCCUACGAGGAGGAAGAGGAGCUGCAGGCUGCCCUCGCCCGGUCCCGUCGUGACACCGGCCACCCCAGGCCGCCGCCGCCAGCGGGCCGCGCGGCAGCGUUGCUGACUGAGACGGCCGUCACCGUGCACGAGAUGCUGGGUGGUGGCCCCACCGGUGGGCUGGCGUUGGGAGGGCUGGCGCCGGCGGCCUCCCCGCCGCGCCUGGACCGCGCGCGGCGGCGGCACCUGCUCAACCUCGCCGCCAGCAGCGGCCGUCACGAGUCCAUGCACUCCGCACGCAGCCAGCAGCCGUCUGCGUCGCAGCACAUCCACCUGCACGUGCACCCCGGGCCAUCUCCGGCCGUGGCAGCUGCCCCGCCAGCCGCCGACGCCGGGGCCGACUUCUUCCCCCACCUGGGCGGCUUGCGAGCCCGGUACGGGGCGAGGUUGGCAGCGCGUCUCCGUCGUCACGAGGCUGCCGUGGCCGCCGCAGCGGCCGUCACACCCGCCGCCGCUGCGCCUGCCGCCGCUGCGCCCGCUGCCGCUGCGCCUGCCGCCGCUGCGCCUGUCGCCGCCACGCCUCCUGUCGCCGCCGCGCCCGCUGCCGCCGCGCCCCCCGACGACAUGGUUCAGCUGGCCAGGGUCCGCGCUGCCGCCCUCGCGCACCUGCAGCGCCUCCACGCCGCGCUCGGGCCCCCCGCGCCGGCUGCAGCCGCAGCACCAGCCGCCGCCGCCGUGCCCGCCGCUGCGGCCGCCGCUGACGCUCCUGCCCCGCCGGCAGCCGCCGCCGGGCCUGGGCCCGACGCCGCCGCGCCCCAGCUGCCGGUGUCUGUCGUCAACAUGGCGUCUUCGUCCAGCUCAAGCUCGGCGCCGGCGAGCGCCGGCGGCUGCCCUCUGUGGCCGAUGCCCCUGCCGGCGUGGCAGCCGCACCUGCUGGCGCAGCUGGACCACGCCGCCGCCGCGGCUGCGCCCCCGGCGGCCGCAGCUGGGGCCCCACCGGCGGCUCUAGCUGGCGGCAGUGGUGGAGUGGCACGCAUGGGCAUGGCUGCUGCCCAUCUGGCGGCCGCGGCACCCGCCAACGGGGCCCCGCUCAGCAGCGCAGGCGCCGCCUGGCCUUCGGCGGCAGCAAUGCUGCGGCCGGCGCGCCCCAUUCCCUCGUGGAGUCAGACCGGGCGGCAGCAGUACGACGGCGAGCGCGCCGGGCGGGCCAGGUUCAUGGUGGACGCGCACGGCUACACUGAGGAGCAGGCGGCGUGCGCCGACAUCAACAGCCCCUAUGCGCAGGACCCGCGCCUAAUCGCCCGCGCCCUCAUCAACGGCGCAUCCGUCCCUGAGUCGCGGGCCUGGGUGUGGAACAACGAGGAGCUCGACGGUGGCCAGCGCACGCUUGAGCGGCAUCGCGGGCGAUGGGUCGCGGUGGGCGGCAGCCUGGUGGACUGGCGCGGGCAGGCCUUCAUCGACGCGGACGGCACCGUGCGGGUGCCGCACGUGGCGCAUUUCUGGCUGGCGGAGUUCCUGGCGGCCAUGCACACGCCGGCGAGCUUCGGGCCGUCGCCGCUGUUCGGCUUCACCCUGGGCGCCACCGAGGCCGCCACCGCCGCCGCGCAGCGCUUCCUGUCCCUGCACCGCGCGGACACGGCGCUGUGCCACAAGGACAUGCUGGGCAAGGUGUUCAGCGAGGGCGUCAUGCGCACCGCCGUCACGCAGCCGUGGCGCGACCUGUUCAUCAUGAACCUCACGCGCGAGCAGAAGGCGCUGCCCGAGGGGCAGGUGCUCUCCGUGACGCUGGUCGCCAACUGCCUCGCGGAGGCGCAAGCGGCCUUCCGCGGCAUCGCCGCACCCACCCCAGCCGCCGCGGUGCAUGUCACGGCUGCCUCUUCGGCCGCCGCCAGCCCUGCCCCCGCCGCCGCUCCCGCCGCCCCUGCUGCUCCCGCCGCCCCGGCCGCCCCUCCUGCGCCGGCUGCGGCGGCGCCAGCCGCCGCAGCUCAUGCGCACCAGGUCAACCAGCUGCCGGUCGUCUCGCAAGCGGACCUCAUGCGGCGUGAGAACCUCGUGCCGGACACCACCGUCAACCAGCGGAAGCCCGGCGAUGCGCAGUGGUGCCUGUACCACCAGACCAGUCACCACGCGGCGGACCAGUGCCGUGCCUACUCUGCCCUGGUGUCGUCCAACCGGGCCCGGGAGGCGGCGCGCCGUAUCGCGACGGGUGAGGGCGCCCGCGCCUUCCACAAGGCGCCGGCGCCGGCGCCGGCGCAGGCCCACGCGCACGUCACUGCCGCGCUACCCGCCGAGACCGCCCAGCCAGCUUCUGCCGCCGCGCUCUGCCCGCCCCACCGUGCCGCGCGCCGCGAGCUGGCGGAUGACCUGAGCGUGGCCACGGUGCGUUCGCUGUAUGACACUGGCGGGCACUCGGAGCGGCCGCCGCUGCCAUCGGCGACCGCUGCCGUCAGCCACAGCCAAGUUGCGGGUGCCUCAGGGAUGGAGCUGGGCGACUGCUGGGAUGCCGAGUUCGGGCCGGCCCACAUCUUCCACCUGGCGGCGCGGCCCCCCAGCUCUGGGCCGAUGCAGUCCGCCCUGCCGCUGUCGUUCCAGCCGCUCCCAGCCGCUGCCGCCCGCCGCUGCGCCCCUGCCCCUGCCGACGGCGCCGCCACCCCCACCGCCUCCUCCUCCACCACCUCCGCCGCGUGCCCCUCCGCCACCACCGGCAGUGACGCUGCCGCCUCCACCUCCACCCGGCCCGCAGCAGCGAUACCAGCAGCCACCGCCGCCAGCAGCGACGGGGCGCCCAGCGGGGCCGACAACCGCGUGCGUGCCCACCUGAACGACGCCAAGUUUGCCGCGCUUCACGCCGUGCUGCGGGACCAGGGCCUGCAGAUCACACGCCUGGAGGGCGAUGUGCGGCGCUAUGCCCGGCUGCUCCGGCGGCUGGACGCGCAGGCCGCGGCAGGCUGCACCCACCACUCGGCCAUGAAGCUCGGCCGGGGCGUUGGGCCGCUGUUGUUGGUGGACGGGCUGUCGUCGCAGGGCACCCCCUACGCCGCCGCGCUGCCCGACCCCGCCAGCGAUGUCACCCUGACAGUGACCGAGGCCGCCAGCUCCCGUGGGCUGCCACUGCAGUACGACACCGGCAUCUACGUGUCCAGCGUCGGCGGCGUCACCAGCGAGCUGGCGCAGAUCCGGGGUGGCCUGCCACUGACGGUGCUGGCGGGCACGGAGCAGCAGCACACCACACGCGUCGUCUGCUUUGUGGUGCCGGGCCCGCAAGUCUUCGACAUCCUGCUCGGCACCAACUGGCUCAUUGAUGCCUACCGCAGCGUGUGGGACGCGGGCCGCAACAUGCUGGGCCUCCGCCUGCCUCACCAGCCGGACGCCAGCCCGCCGGCGGUAGAGCUGCCGCUGCGCCAGCGCAACCGCGCCGCCGGUGCCUGCCACGCUGUCUCGUCCGGGCGAGCGCCCGACACCAGCACCAGCCGCACGGUGAUCGCUGCAGCCCUGGCCUGCGUCGCCGCCCCCACGGCGCGGUCCCACACAGAUGCAGUCGGCGUGCCGCCCCUGACGGGCACGGGUGCGGGGACCGGUGGCUGCACGUCAGGCGGCCGCAACGGCCCCGAGUCCGACGAAGAGAGCAGCGACUACGAGUCCGGCGAGGAGAGCAGCGACUACGAGUCCGGCGAGGAGAGCAGCGGCUACGAGUCUGGCGAGGAGAGCAGCGGCUACGAGUCCGGCGAGGAGAGCAGCGGCCACGAGUCUGACGAGGAGAGCAGCGAUGAUGACUCUGGCGGAGGAGGCUCGCCGAGCGCCAGCGCCGGCAGCGCGCCCAUUGCACCCGGCCCGCCGACCGCGCGCCCCACCGACGUCCUCUGCGAGCGCUGCGACAGCUGGGACCACCACGCCCGCAGCUGCCCUUGGCGCUGCGACCAGCUGCCGUGCAUCCGCUCCUUCAACAAGGCGCAGCGCCGCUGCGCGGAAGCGGCCGUGGCCUGCGGCCCGGCAGACGUUGCAGCUGAGCGCGCCCGCGACCCCGCGCGGUCCCCCUGCCGCGCAUUCCCCACCGCGUCGCCAUCGCCUCCGCCACCUCCACCGGGCUCUGCUGCGUCGUCGCCGCCCCCGCCGCCUCAGCCGCCCAGCUCCGGGUUGCCUCCACCGCUGCAGCUGCUGGCCGCCGCUGCGCCGACGCCGGCCUAUGCCUGGGCACCGCCGUCGCCGGGCUCUGCUGCGUCGUCGCCGCCCCCGCCGCCUCAGCCGCCAGGCUCCGUGUGGCCUCCGCCGCUGCAGCUGCUGGCCGCCGCUGCACCGUCACCGGCCUUUGCCUGGGCACCGCCGUCGCCGGGCUCUGCUGCGCCGUCGCCGCCCCCGCCGCCUCAGCCGCCCGGCUCUGCGUCGCCUCCGCCGCUGCAGCUGGUGGCCACCGCUGCGCCGUCGCCAGCCUACGCCACGGCACCGCCGUCGCCGGGCUCUGCUGCGCCGUCGCCGCCCCCGCCACCUCAGCCGCCAGGGCCCGCGUCGCCUCCGCCGCUGCAGCUGCUGGCCGCCGCUGCACCGUCACCGGCCUGUGCCUGGGCACCGCCGUCGCCGCCCCCGCCGCCUCAGCAUCCAGGCUCCGCGUCGCCUCCGCCGCUGCAGCCGCCAGGCUCCGUGUUGCCUCCGCCGCUGCAGCUGCUGGCCGCCGCUGCACCGUCGCCGGCCGAUGCCUGGGCACCGCCAUCGCCGGGCUCUGCUGCGUCGUCGCCGCCUCGCGUGUGGGACGCGGGCCGCAACAUGCUGGGCCUCCGCCUGCCUCACCAGCCGGACGCCAGCCCGCCGGCGGUAGAGCUGCCGCUGCGCCAGCGCAACCGCGCCGCCGGUGCCUGCCACGCUGUCUCGUCCGGGCGAGCGCCCGACACCAGCACCAGCCGCACGGUGAUCGCUGCAGCCCUGGCCUGCGUCGCCGCCCCCACGGCGCGGUCCCACACAGAUGCAGUCGGCGUGCCGCCCCUGACGGGCACGGGUGCGGGGACCGGUGGCUGCACGUCAGGCGGCCGCAACGGCCCCGAGUCCGACGAAGAGAGCAGCGACUACGAGUCCGGCGAGGAGAGCAGCGACUACGAGUCCGGCGAGGAGAGCAGCGGCUACGAGUCUGGCGAGGAGAGCAGCGGCUACGAGUCCGGCGAGGAGAGCAGCGGCCACGAGUCUGACGAGGAGAGCAGCGAUGAUGACUCUGGCGGAGGAGGCUCGCCGAGCGCCAGCGCCGGCAGCGCGCCCAUUGCACCCGGCCCGCCGACCGCGCGCCCCACCGACGUCCUCUGCGAGCGCUGCGACAGCUGGGACCACCACGCCCGCAGCUGCCCUUGGCGCUGCGACCAGCUGCCGUGCAUCCGCUCCUUCAACAAGGCGCAGCGCCGCUGCGCGGAAGCGGCCGUGGCCUGCGGCCCGGCAGACGUUGCAGCUGAGCGCGCCCGCGACCCCGCGCGGUCCCCCUGCCGCGCAUUCCCCACCGCGUCGCCAUCGCCUCCGCCACCUCCACCGGGCUCUGCUGCGUCGUCGCCGCCCCCGCCGCCUCAGCCGCCCAGCUCCGGGUUGCCUCCACCGCUGCAGCUGCUGGCCGCCGCUGCGCCGACGCCGGCCUAUGCCUGGGCACCGCCGUCGCCGGGCUCUGCUGCGUCGUCGCCGCCCCCGCCGCCUCAGCCGCCAGGCUCCGUGUGGCCUCCGCCGCUGCAGCUGCUGGCCGCCGCUGCACCGUCACCGGCCUUUGCCUGGGCACCGCCGUCGCCGGGCUCUGCUGCGCCGUCGCCGCCCCCGCCGCCUCAGCAUCCAGGCUCCGCGUCGCCUCCGCCGCUGCAGCCGCCAGGCUCCGUGUUGCCUCCGCCGCUGCAGCUGCUGGCCGCCGCUGCACCGUCGCCGGCCGAUGCCUGGGCACCGCCAUCGCCGGGCUCUGCUGCGUCGUCGCCGCCUCGGCCGCCCCAGCCGCCAGGCUCCGUGUUGCCUCCGCCGCUGCAGCUGCUGGCCGCCGCUGCACCGUCGCCGGCCUAUGCCUGGGCACCGCCGUCGCCGGGCUCUGCUGCGUCGUCGCCGCCCCCGCCGCCUCAGUCACCAGGCUCUGCGUCGCCUCCGCCGCUGCAGCUGCUGGCAGCCGCUGCGCCGUCGCCAGCCCACGCCACGGCACCGCCGUCGCCGGGCUCUGCUGCGUCGUCGCCGCCCCCGCCGCCUCAGUCACCAGGCUCUGUGUCGCCUCCGCCGCUGCAGCUGGUGGCCACCGCUGCGCCGUCGCCAGCCCACGCCACGGCACCGCCGUCGCCGGGCUCUGCUGCGUCGUCGCAGCCUCGGCCGCCUCAGCCGCCAGGCUCCGCGCCGCGUCCGCCGGCCUACACCUCGGCACUGCCGUUGCCGGGCUUUGCCGAUCUGCUGCCACCACCCCGGCGCUCGCCAGGCUCGCCGCCGCCGCUCCUCGCGCCGUCACCGCAGCGGCCGGGCUCUGCCGCCGACCCCUGGCGGUCAAAACUCCCCAGCGAGACCUGGUGGCAAUUCCUGGGCCGCAUGCGCGCAGCGGGCAUCCACCUGACGGCCAUGCCGGAGUCCGAGUGGGCUGGUCAAGGGCGGCCGCCACCGGAGGCGGACCCGCCACCGCUGUCAGCCAGCCGCAGCGCCUCGCCUGUGCACCAAGUGGCCCUUGGCUUCGCCGCGCCGCCGUCGCCGGCAGUGGCCUCGCCCGCAGCAGCUUCCGCUGCGCCCAGCCCGGCGGCUGGCCGCACACCCGAGCGCAUGACGUUCGACGCCCUGUUGCUGCGCCACGCCGCCGCGGAAGCGGCGGCGUCCUCCACCUACCCAGGCGCCCCGCCGCCCGGCCGCCCGGCGCCGCUGAGUCCGGCCGCGCCACACACCGCGGCCGCAGCGUCAUUGCUCCCGCCCAACGCCUCCUGCGCCCCCGCCGCGCCACUCGUGGCCCCAGAGCUGGGCCUCCCGCGCCUGCGACCCAUCAUGACCCGCGGCGGCAGUUCCUCGGCUGCGCCGCUGCCAUCCGGCGGCUGCGAUCUCGCCCCAUGCUCGCCGGCCAUGCCGCCACCGGUGGCGUGGCCGCCGCAGUCAGCCUCGGGGCCCGGGCUCCCGCCGCUGCCCACGGCCGCGCUCCCGGACCAAGGCUGGUCCGCACCGCCGUCGCAGCCCUCCCUCGGCGCCCCGUCGGGCCUCGCCGCUGGCCCGCCGCCACCAUCACCCUCGCUACUGGCCGAAGCCGAGGACCUGGUGGCGGCCUUCUUGCACCGCGUGCCGCCACACGCGCUCAUGAGCGCGCACGGGGCGGGUGGGGAGUUCGGAGGCUCCGCCACCUAUGACCCCGAGGACUCCGAGGACGACGAAGUGCCGCCCUUGAAUCCCCCAAGCGACGAUGAGGAGGACUUUGACGACGCUGGCGCCCGCGGGGGGCCCAGCUCUCACAUGACCACGGGACAGCUUCCGCCCGCCGACUCGCUGCGCGUGCUACCCACCGCCAUUCCCCUGGAGGCGGGCCCUGCGCUGCCGAGCUGCAACGACCCCGAAGGCCGGCGCGAACCACUGCCCCAUGACCUACACACCAAGCAGCCCGGCGGCUGGAUGCUAUACCAGCACCCUGACGCUACUGACGCUGACGUCAACCGGCUGCUGCGCCUGGUAGCGCAGUUCGACACCGGCGGCUCUGACGGGCUGUUCGCGCGCAGCCUGGAUGACCUCACGGGCUACCGUGGCGGAUGUGAUCCGGUGGAGAUCAACCUGUCGCACGACCGCUCCAUCUACGAGUGCCCGCGCAAGCACACGCCGGCCGAGUACGCCAUCAUGGACGCGAAGUGUGAGCAGCUGCGGCAAGCUGGCAUCAUCGUGCGUGCGCCCCCCGAGGCCAAGUACGCCAUGAACAGCACCAUGCCGGCCAAGCGCGCCCUGGACGGCACCAUGACGGACACGCGCUUCUGCCAGGACGCGCGGCGCCUGAACGAGGCCACCAUCCCAGACAGCCACCAGCUGCCACUGCCGGAGGACCUGUUCCAGCUGAUGGCCAACGCUAAGGUGUGGGCUAAGGCCGACGCACGUGCGGCCUUCAACCAGCUGCCCAUCAAGCUGGAGGACCAGCCCAAGACCGCGUUCUGGUGGCGCCGCGAGCUCUGGAUGUACACGCGCCUGCUCUAUGGGCUGCGCAACGCCACGUCCAACUUCCAACGCGUGCUGGACACCCACCUCCGCGACUGGGGCCUUGCGCACCGCGUAGUGGCGUUUGUGGACGACCUGGCGGCCUGGGCUGAGACUGUGCCGGAGCUCAUUGACGUGCUGUGCGGCCUGUUCCGCAUGCUCACCUCCAUUGGCAUCAAGCUGCACCCCGAGAAGACCGUGCUGCUAGCUGACGGCAUUGAGUUCCUCGGCCACUACGUCAGCCCGCGCGGCCUGCAGCCCACCGCCGCCAAGAUCGCCGCCUUCAUGGCCCUGCAACCCGCGACCUGCCUCUUGGAAUGCCAACGCCUACUCGGCUCUUUCGGCUACUACCGAGGGUAUGUCGACCACUACUCGGUCAAGAUGGCGCCCAUCACGGCGCUCACGGCCAAGGCAGUGGAGUGGGGCCCGGACACGUGGACCGCAGAGCAGCAGCGCGCCCUGGACGCCAUCAAGCACGAGUUUGCAGAAGGCGACCUGGUGCUGCGGCCGCUGGACCCCCAGCGUGAGCUCAUCCUGCACACGGACUGGUGUGAGGUGGGCAUCAGCGGCGUGCUGGGGCAGCUGGAUGACGACGCGCUGGAGUACAUGGUGGCCUGUGUCAGCCGCACCUGCAACGUGCAUGAGCGGCGCUACGGCAGCUACAAGGGCGAGUUGCUUGCGGCGGUGUGGGCUGUCCAGACGCUGCGGCCGUACCUGCACGGCCGCCGCUUCACUCUCGUCACCGACCACGGGCCGUUGGAGUGGCUGAUGACCCAGCGCGACCUCACUGGCCAGGCCGCGCGGUGGGCGCUGAUCCUGCAGCAGUACGUGUUCAGCGUUGUGCACCGGCCCGGCAAGCUGCAUCAGAACGCCGACGCUCUCAGCCGCUGCCCGCUGCCGACGGACGUUGAUGCGGCUGGCGCGCGGCUGGACCAAGCGGAUGAGCCACCACCGCCGCCGCCACCCGUGGUGUUGUACCCCGGCCGCCGCCUGCCCGCCUACGCCCAGCCCCCCACCGCCACCACCCUCACCACCAUCGCGGAGGCCGCUCUUCCGUCCGCCGACGGCUGGCUGCCGCGGCUUGCCGCGCGCUUGGCCAGCUCCACGGGCGCUGCCUGGCCCUCCACCACCGUGGCCGGUGCCCGUGCCUCAGCCGUCUGCCUCGCCACGCUGCAUGCCAGCCGCGCCGCCGGGCCGGGCGCCUGCGUGGUGGACGGCUCGGACCUCCUGGCAGGCCACAACGGCACCACCAGCGAUGUCAGGGAGAUGGCGCCGGCGGCGGACACAGCGGUGCGCACAGCGGUGGCGCUGGUCAACCGGCAUGGGGCUAGCCUGCGGCAGCUGCGGCUGACGCCGCGGCUGCGGCUUCGGCUCUGCACUGCGCGGGGCAGCGUCGUAGGGCUCGACACCAGCCUGCAGCAGCACUCUUUCUUCGACGCAGCGCAGGGCGACGGCGUUGCAGUGCUGGAAGCACCCGGCGGCCUGGCUGCCGGGCUGCAGGCCUGCCUACGAUUGGGCAUCAAGGUGCGGCGCUACGUGUCCAUGGAGCCUCAGCCCGCAGUGCUGGGAGCCGUCGAGAAGCUGGCCGGGGCGCCCCGGCAAACCGCACUGAGCGGCCUGCCGCUGCGCGACGGCGGGCAAUGGCUGGUCUUCGCCAGCUGGGGUAGCACCAACGGCUGGAGCGACGCUGACGCCCUCAGCUUCGUGGGUGGCCUCCAGCUGGCGCUCCGCAAGCAGCACUGCGCACCGCCGGCCUACCUCCUCCACGGCCCAACCACCACCCGCGCCGAGCAGGAGCAGCUGGGUUUCCCCUUCGGCCUGCCUGCGACGAUGGACACAGUGCAAGCGGGCGUCGCCGCUCACAGGCUGGUGACGCUGUACACCAACCUUGCGGCGGCUGAGCACCUCGCGGCUGUGCUGGAGCGGCUGCCGCCUGAGCCCGACCGCACCCUGGCGCAACAGCUGGAACCGGGCCGCCGCCCCAUGGUUGCGCUGCGGGUGGAGCCCCUACCCUACCGCCCAGCCCACGUCCCUGGCCAGCGACUGGUGGCCCUCCCGGCCGGGUCCGACGCGCCGCCAUUGCGCACAGUACCCGGCGACGAGCCCUGCCAUCUGUCAGUCACGGACUGGGAAGCGGUCCUCGGCCACCGGCCCGGCACUGCCGACACGCUACCGCCUGACCUGGCCAUCCCAGCCCUGCGCAACCCCAUCUCGCCCCGCACCGCCGCCACCGCCCUCGCCGCCUGCCUCGCCCUCCAGCGCAGCUACCUCACGCCCCACGACACGCAUGCCCCGCCGCCUCUGCGUGUGGCCCCGGCACCGUCGCCGCUGGGGGGGGAUGAGCCCGCGGGAGAGGAUGACCAAGCAACGGUCAUUGCGCGCGGGCUGCUACAGCGGCAGCCGGCGCCGGACCUUGCCUUCACCUUUUCCACGCUGGCCGCAGUUGCAGCAGACGCACAGGAGCAGGCGACUGCUACGGCAGAGAAUCAGAGCUGGACGGACGUGUGGGAGGAUGCAGAGGUCUUGGCGGCGCUGCGGGCCGGCGGGGCAGCAGCUGGGGGGGCAGCGCCACGACGGGUGACACGGCGUAUGGCGGACUACCGCUGGGUCAACGGGCAGCUGCUGCGCAACAUGUCGGACGGCCUCACCAGGGUGUGCCCGCCGCCGGACCAGAGGGUGGCGCUAACGCAGGCGGUGCAUCAGCGCACGGGCCACCUGGGCGUCCGGCGGACGCUGGCACUGCUGCAGACUGGGCACUGGUGGUACGGCAUGAAGAACACCGUGCGGCAGGUGCUCCGGGCCUGCCGCGCCUGCGACAUGAGCAACGCUCGCGGUGAGGCGCUGCCAUCCAGGCUCAGCCCGCUGCCGGUCAUGGGGCUCUUCUAUCGCCUCGGCGUGGACCUGGCCGGCCCUCUGCCGCCAUCGGAGCCGGACGGCAACCGCUACGUCAUGGUCGUGAUCGAGCACUUCUCAAAGCACGUGGAGCUGCUGCCGCUGCGCGACAAGACGGCGGCACGCACAGCCCGGGCGCUGGCAGACGUGUUCGCGCGGUUUGGCGCGCCGGCUGAGGUGCUGACGGACAACGGCAGCGAGUUUGAGGGCGAGUUCGCAGAGCUACUGGAGCGCAGCUGCGUGGACCACCGCCGCACCUCGCCCGGCCAUCCCCAAGCAGACGGUGCGGCGGAGCGCGUGGUCCAGGUGCUGAAGCAGGCGCUGCGGAAGACCUGCUACCUGGCCGCCGACGCCAGCGCGUGGGAGCAGGCACUGCCAGAGCUGCUUCUGGGCUACCGCUGCUCGCCCCAGGCCUCCACCCGCUACUCGCCCUAUGAGCUCCUGUUCGGAGGUGUCGCCCCAGUCAUCCCACCUGCGGUGCGUGAGCGGAUCUCAGUGCCGUUGGACUUUGAGGACCCCGAGGCGGCGACGGCGUCUCUGCUGGCACGUAUGGAGUGGGUGCGGCAAGCCUACCCUGCCGCCGCCAGCAACCUGCUCAUCGCGCAGCACCGCGACACCCUGCGCUACUCCGCCAUCCGCACGGGACGCUACCUGGCGAAGCCAAUCACAUACGCACCCGGCGACUACGUCUACGUGCGGCGGGUGGACGCCGCGCAGCGCCCCACCCUGCAUUUUGGCCAGCACGACACCAUCCUGCGCGUGGAGUGCAUUGGGCCCCUGGGCGUGGCCGUCCUGGUCGGCCGCGACGGUGCCCGCGUGCGGCGCCGUGCUGAACACCUGCGCCCAUGCCACCUGGACAUCGACCCCGCCAUCGACCCGCAGCUGUUCCGCCCCCAGCGCGACCUGCAGUGCGAGGUCUGCGGCUCCCCGCACCAGGAGGCUAAGAUGGUGCUGUGCGACGGCUGCAACACCGGCUGGCACACCCACUGCCUGCGGCUGCCGCGUGUGCCCCGUGGCCAGUGGCUGUGCCCGCGCUGCAAGGAGCUGGACGCCGAGGAGGAGGUGCUGCGGGCAGGCUGGGCGGCUGAGGAGACUGGCGACGCUGCCGCCCCGGCGGCGGCGGCCGCUGGGCUGGCAGGCACGGCGGCUGGAGAGGCUGGCGCCGCGGCCGCAGCGCCCCAAUUCGGGGCCGCCGGCCGCCGCGAGCGGCGCGGUGUGCCGGCCGCGGCGGCUGAGAGCGAGGAGCUGGGCCGCCUGCUGUUCCCCCGAGCCCGCACCCGGCGGCUUGACGAGGCCGCCUCCGAUCUGGGGGGGCGGCGCGUGCGCAGGGCUGAGGAGGGACCGGACGGAGUGCUGGAGUACCUGGGCGCGCUGGCGCGGCCGCGGUACUUCCGCGUGCAGUGGAGUGACGGCGAGGAGCAGCAGCUGACGCUGGCGGAGGCGCGUCGGUUGCUCGCAGACUAGGUUGGCGGGGAGUGGGGAGGGUCGGGCAGGGGGCUAUUCAGAGGUUCACGAGGGAGAGGGCUAGGGGGGCGAGCGCUGGGGGGGCAGUGGGCUUUGUGCAGCGGCUCGCAGCCUGUCUCCACCACGGCUUGAUCAGGCCUUGAGCGUCAGCCUGCCGCACCUACGCCAGAGGCGAUUCAGCGGACUGGGCCAUGGGAGGCAGUGAGCGGAGCCAGGAGCCGCCAUGGCCAUGCAUUGCCCCCAGCGGAAGGGCCGGGACAGCCGGCGCCUUGAGGAGCGUCAGCAUUUAGUAGGAGUAGCGAACGUACGGCUGUGGGGGCAGGUGGGGUUAGGCAGAGCAUGUUAGUGCAGGAGUAGGUAGGGUGCAGGCCCAAACCGCGGGACCAUAUGCGUGCGAAGUUAUGUGUGAGGCCCAAACUACGGGACCUGAUGCGUGCCGUUGGUUGGCUGCGUGCGUGUGCUCGUGCCCUUGCUGUGCGUGCUGCCACCGGUCACUAGUACAACCAUGCCGUCGUUAGGACCCCGGACAUGUUUGUGGGGGGGACUUCAGCCCCCGGUGGCAGCCCUAGAGCAAAACAUGGCUGGGGCGUGACAGCUGUCGUGCGCCGUUGCCGGCGUGUGUCAUUCACCGGCAACCAGUGCCUGAGUAUGAGUCAUGAGGCGGGUAACAGCGUGUGAACUUAGGAGCGGGAAGUUACCCCAGCGGUUGAGAACUGACGAGCUGUGGGUGGGUUGUGCGAACUACGUCCCGGUGUGUGGCUAGAGGUUUGGCGUCUGUGGUUUAAUUGUAGCCGUGUGACGGUGGUGUCUCUCUGGCUCUGGCGUCACCUUCGCCUGCACUGCGCAGGGCGAAGGCUCGUGGGCUCGUGUUGGAGGCGUUGGGCAGCUGGUCAUGCGGGCGCUGAGCUGAGGAGGAGCUGCGUUGGGGGUCUGUUUGCCGUGGUGCUUUAUAAGUGCGUGCUCAGGGGAGCUUGGGGUCCAGGUUUCGUAGACGGGCGGUUGGCUUGCCCUGCUGGGUGGUGAGCGUUGGGUGUCGGGCAGGGGGCCGCCCAUGCAGGAGGCGGUGGCUCCCUAGUCCCGCAACACCGGCCCUGGCCCGUUGUUGCGGUGUUGCUCUCUCUCACACGACCUAUCGUGCGUAGCUUUGUGAAAGCAUCGGAGUGAUCAACCG